GUCCUGUUUAUUAUUUAAAUUGAUACGAAGAAAUAGACGACUCCCGUGAAAUAAUUUCCGAAUUCUUGAUCGGAUGUUUUUUUUAAAUACAAAAUUGAGAUUUUACUGGGAUUAAAUACACGAUACGAGGAGUAUACACUUCAGAUUUACAGUCGGAUGCUGUUGUCAUGCAGUUCAUUUACGUUAAUUAUUCGUGGGUUGAUUCUCUUCUGUAGAUAGUGAGCCCGAAUAUAUAAUGUCACAAAAAUACGUAACAUUGUCAGCGUCAGAACAGUCACCGACGGCAUUACAUUUCAUCCUCUUAACUGUACACUUUUAUUUUUCAAUAUUUUGUGAAAGAGUCUGUCCGGUACUGUACCACCAAAGAAUCGAAAACUCAGCUUUGUAUUAACGCAAAGGGUCGAGUUUGUUGUUGUAAUCCUUCACCAUAGCUGCUAGGAGUUCUCGCGGUUUAGCCCCAGGACACGAAGGUUCGCAAAGAACCUGUCCCCCGACAAGAUCAACCUGAGCACCCUAAAGGGGGAGGGGCAACUAUCCAACCUGGAGCUGGACGAGGAGGUUCUGCAGAACAUGCUGGACCUGCCCACCUGGCUGGCCGUGACCCGGGUCUACUGCAACAAAGCUGCCAUCCGGAUACAAUGGACAAAGCUGAAGACCAGCCCUAUCUGUCUGUUCCUGGACAAGGUGGAGGUGGAAAUGAGGACGUGCGAGGAGCCCCGCCCCCCCAAUGGCCCCUCCCCCAUCGCCAUCACCGCUGGGCAAAGCGAGUAUGGGUUUGCAGAGAAGGUGGUGGAAGGCAUGUCCGUGAUCAUAAACUCCAUCACCAUCAAGGUCCAGGCCCAGGCCUUCCACGCCUCCUUCGAGCUGUGGCAGCUCCAGGGGAACAGCCUGAACCCCAAGUGGCAACGGAGCGACCUCCGCUUCACCCGCAUCACGGACCCCCAGCGCGGAGAGGUGCUGACGUUCAAGGAGAUUAACUGGCAGACCCUACGGAUCGAGGCUGACGCCAUGGAGAGCGGGGAGCAGGAUCUGGGCAGCACCCCCCUGAGACUGAUCACUAACCAGGGUCGCAUCCGAAUCGCCCUGAAGCGCCGGAUGAAGGACUGCAACGUGGUUGCCUCGAAGCUCCUCUUCAUCCUGGAUGACCUGCUGUGGGUGCUGACCGACUCGCAGCUCAAAGCCAUGAUCCGCUACGCCAAGUCCCUGAGCGAGGCCAUCGAGAGGUCAGCCCAGCAGAGGAAGAGCCUGGCCCCCGACCCCCUGCAGAGGGCGCCCACCUCCCCUGGGGCCCAGCCUUCUUGGAACGAGCCGGCCCCCCACGCUGCCCCCCCGAGCGGGGCCCCCAACAGCCUCAGCCAGUACUUUGAGCAGCAUGAUGUCAAGGAGUCCUCUUACCACACUCUCAUUUCCAGGCUGGACCUGCACAUCUGUGACGACAGCUCAGACAGCGAGGCAGGUGGGCCGCAGCCUCGAGUCGCCGGAGGAGCCAUGCAGCUGACCUUCCACAAGCUGGGCUUCGACUACUACCCCUUCCACUGGCCCAGCGACGGCUGCCGGCACUGGGAGCGGUACUGUGGUGCCAUGGAGACGCGGGCGCAGUGGGUGAGCAAGCUGCUGCAGGAGUUCCAGCGCCGAGCCGAGGGGCAGGACAGGCAGACGGGCUCCCCCGUGCCGGGCAAGGGGUCCCCCACCCGCACACAGGACGGAGGUUCCACUCCGAAGUCCAGCCCCCCGGACCGGGUCCAGACCCCUCGCCGAACCUCUGCAGCCCUGCCGCCCCAGGGACUGCCCUGGAAGAGGCUGCGGUCCAGCUGUGUGCUGGUCAGGGUGGAUGACCUGGAUAUAUACCAGGUGUCCAGCAGGGGUCGCCACAGUAAGAAGCCGCAGACCCUGGUGUCCUGCAACAGGAAGUCCCUGCAGCUCCCUGACAACGUGUCAGCCAUUCACAUCCAGUUCACAGAGUACUACUUCCCUGACCACCCCCAUCUCCCCGUGCCCUGCUCCAACCUGUAUGGCCAGCUGAACGGGCUCCAGCUGACCCCCGAGCCGCUCAGUCUGCUCUGGAUCAAUCUCUUCUCACUGGGGCUCCUGCGCAGCCUGGAGCAGGUCAAGGCCUUCUACAAGCUGGAGGAUUCUGGGAAGGGGGAGGAGCAUGUCGACGUGCGCCUGGACAUCUAUCAGCUCAAGCUGGUGAUCCCGCUGGAGUCCAGAAUCCUGGACCACCCUGACCGGCCACAGAGCCUCUGUGUCCAUGCCUCGCACUCCGUGUUCACCAACACGCGGCACUGCGCCCACGCCACGACAGCUGACCUGCAGGGCACCUGCCACUCCUUCAGCCACUGCCCCUUCUUCCAGCCCGCGGGGGGCGCCCCAAGCUUCCCCAGAACCUGCAGCAGCUUCCACCCGCUCCCCUCCGCCUUCCUGCAGCACGCCCUGGAGGGGGAUCGAGCCCCGGAGCUGUUGAGCAGGAAGAAACCCCCCCGCUCCCAGGACAUGUGGUCCCUGCACCUCUCUGGGCUGGCUUUAGACUUCGAAGGGGCGCGCCGGAGCCCCAAAGGAAAGACUCUGCCCUUCCUGGAGCCCUUGGCCAUCUCCCUGUGGAUGUGCCGCCCGGGGGCCUUCCAGAUCAAGCCCCACGUACCUCCCUUUACUCCAGGCUGUGGCUCUAGAUUGAGGGCGUCUGCAAGCUGCAGUAACUAUAUCGACCCCAGGUUAGUGACUGAGAGGCCUGGAAGCCACCUCAAAUCCAGAACAGUGCAGGAUCUGUUGGAUCUGGGGUCACCCAGGGAUUCUAACGAGAAUGACUGGCCAGCACAGAACGGGGAAGGGCAGGAGGAGGACGCGGAGCAAAUGGAGAUGGCUUCAAUCCACGUUUUGGCACAAGCCUUAUCCCCUAUCAGGCUGCGGCUGAACCACUAUCAGUACGUGGCUCUCUUGAGAGUGAAGGACACCUUUUCCAGGCUGGGGGCCGAGUUAGCUCAGGACACGCUGGGGCUGAGGGGCGAGCAGGUGGAGCCCCCUACUGUUAGUGUGGGGUUACUGCUGGAGAGUGCUGAAGUAGCGUUGCUGCUGCCUCCUGCAACGCUUGAAGAGACUCAGUCCCCUGGAAGCACGGACAGCCCCAGCCUGACUGAUUCAGAACUGUCCCCAGCGAAGGGGCCCUUGGUCACUGCCGGACUGGAGGACAGCGGCAUUGGGAACGCAGGAUCCUCGGAGAAGGAAGACGGCGACGGCACCACAGCGCCCCCUCCUGUCGAGGAGGCCUGCGAGGCUGUGGAGGCCCUGGAAGAUGCAGGCCCCUCCUCCCCUUCCCCAUCUCUAAACCCUCCCCUUCACUCCCGAGGCAACUCCUCCUUCAGCCUGGAGGGGGAGCUGUCGAGCGCACUCACCGCCACCAAGGACGUCACCAAAGAGGCGAUGACCGUGACCAUGGACCUGACCAAAGAGGCCGUGUCUAUCACCAAGGACGCCUUCAGCAUCUUGAGCCGGGAGAAGAUGACCUCUACCAUGCACAAGAUGCUGUUCCUGCCCCCAGCCAGAGAGCAGCCCUCUCGUCUCGAGGAGGCCCCCUCAGCCCCUGGGAGGCUGCGUUUCCUCAACAUGACCCUCUCUCAAUCCCAGCACUCCUUGGAGAGCGCCUCGCUGGACGGCAGCCUUCCUGACGACCGCUUCUCCGUAGACAGCGACAGCAGCGACAACUUUGUCAUCCUCAUGGACUCCGAGUCCGGUUUGGAGUCCUUGCGCCCGGACAGCGCCCCCUCUCUGCGGGCGGACCCCGGGAGCCGUGACAGUCCAGCGCUGGGGACGGAGAGAGACUCGUCCCCUGAUCUCAGCAGCUCCCUGUCCCAGAGCACGGAGGAGCUCAACCAGGACAAGGUGUCGGUGCUGCUUCUCCGGAUCAGCGAUGUGGGCUGCGCGUUCGAUAUGAAAGGGGAUGACCUGCUGGUGGCGCUAGAGGCUCGGGCUGUGGUUCCUGAACAACUGGGCAACAUGACCAUGCAGCAGCUCCUGAGCGGACGCGCCUUGGGAGUACCGUCGCCCCGCAGGCCCCCUUCCUCAGAGCAGCAGGGGCCUGUGCUGGGGGCCCCUGUGGUGCAGCUGCAGUUCCUGAUUGGCCCCGCAGCUGCAGCACAGCACUGCCCCCUGGCUGAAACCAACGGCUUCCUGCACCUGCGGGUGAGAGGCUGCACUACGGAGCUGCUGACCUCCUCGCUGGCCAGCCUCGGGCCGUUCCUGGAGGACGAGCUCAGUGCCGACCUGCUGCCCAUGAGGGUGGAACUGGACAGCACCACGGUCACUCUCAAGGAUGACGGACCUCUGCUGUACCCCACCUCCCCGAGGCCUGUCCCAGUCAUCUUCUCUGUGGAGGGGCUGGCUCUGGAGCGUGGAGACGAUGGCAUCUUCUACCUGCGAGCUGCGGGGACAGACUCACAAGAGCAGGCCAGCAACACAGCUGCCUCACUGAAUCCUGACAUCUCUAUCCCAGACCAGCUCCAGAGAGCCUUGGAUGAUGCACAGGCAGCUCUUGAAAAAGCCAACACAGACCGGGAGAGACUGCUCCAGGAGAUUAGAAAAUACAACCCUGGAUUUAACCUCUGACCUCCAAAACCACUUCUCUUCCCCGAACAGACAGCUGUCAUGCUCAACACCACCAGAAGAGGGAGCCAUGCACCACUAGAACCCAGCAGUCUUUCCCUCUAAGACAGCUGUCACUGCAAACUACCACCAGGAGGGGGAGACCUUGAGCAGCAGCCUGGAAUUUUGAGGGCCUGGCCCCACCACUCAGAGAGUUGAAACUCUUUGGAGGUGCCGUCAGGGGUGGUUUAUGGCUUUUCAAACGUAGAGCGUGAGAAAUGUAGCCGUGAGGGUUAUUAACCUGUAGGUGCAAUUGAGCAGGAAAAAAAAAACUGUGUUCACCGUUGGAAGUAACAUUGAGUUUGUAUGGCACUGUGAUAUUUGUUAAGCUGGCAAAAUAGAGUAAGAGAAAACGGUAAAAGGAGCCGUACGCGGUCAGGGAAGGGUUAAAAAGCUUUGGAAUCUUUUCACAAAACUUUGAAGGACCGUUUAACGCAUUAAGUAACCGUGUGGGUUAACCUGUAAUGGAUUUAAAGCCCUUGUUAUAAGCGGCACUACUCCCUGUGCUCCUGGGAGUGACGCUGCCUGUAAGCUGUGGCUGUGUAUUACGCUGAUUUCUUUGUGAAGCAGUUGGAGCCGUCAGGGGGAGGAAGCUUGUUUUGAAAUUGACGGAAGGCGGCGCUAGCGGAAAUGUUCUUGUUCAGGGGUCCUGAUGCAUCAGGCCUCCUGCUUACUUGAUCUGCACUUCAUUGAUGAGUUCAUCUCAUUAGAAAGUCGUUUACAUAAAUAUUCUAACGUGAGGAUGAAGUACAGUAUUUUGAAACUGACAAAAAAGAUGCCAAUAUAUGUUGUUUAUUAUUAUUAUUAUUAUUAUUAAUAUAGUGUGUUUUUUUUUAUAUUUAAAUAUGCUCUGACUGAAAAAAAAAAUGUUUUGGCAGUUUUGCAACACAGUUUGAACAUCCUGCUGCUGAAUGCCUAUCGAAUGAUGACUCCUUCUCAUGCCUGCCUUUACUUGACCAAACGAUCACUCCUGAGAGAAACUCUUCCGAAAUGAAGCUGAGAGAGACCUUUUGAAACCCUAGACUGAGAGGAACUCUUCCAAUAUGAAGCUGAGAGAGACCUUUUGAAACCCUAGACUGAGAGGAACUCUUCCAAUAUGAAGCUGAGAGAGACCGCUAGCGUUGGGACUGCUAGCGUUGUAUGAAACUGUAGAAUUAUGGGAUGUUCUUCGUGUUUGUGCUUCCCUGAUAAGGAAGGGAACAGUGAAUACAGCUGUUCUGUAGAGUGAAACAGCUGGGAAUAAAGAAAAAAACACAUCAAUUCAAUGUGGCUGUUUGGAUGGUGUAUAUUGACCCUGUCAGUUAACUUGAAACGCAGCCCCAAAACUGAAAUGUGUGAUGCAUAUACUAAUGUAUAGUGUGUAAUAAAUAUAUACCCUGGGGUCUUCUGCACAUUACACAGCAUCCCAGUUUGAGACUGGAAAGCUUGUGUCAUUUUCUUUAAUCGUUUUAGCUCGUGCAAAAUGCAACGGGCAGAAGGAACAAUAAGCUUGAUCAGCAUUUCAGAGUAUAUUAUUAUUUUCAAUGAACACAGGAUACAGGUUUUCAAUGCGGACUGUUAUAUUUAUCUGCAUGCCUGUUGAUCGUUUUGUGUAACUUUGUCCCUGUAGAACUAUACAGGAACAUGCAAGCAAUCUAAACCUGUUGGGUUGCAUUCUACCCCACAGAUCUUUAGAAUGUGGAUUGCAAGAGGCUUUCUAUGCAGUGCCCCUCAAUCGUGUUUGUGUAUAACUUUUUUUUUUUUUCCAGGCAACAGAAUUGUUCUAUACAAAUAGUGCAUUACAGACUAGAUAGACCCCUGUAGCUUUUUAAACGCGAAACAGUGACCCCUGGUGGCAGACAGGAUCACUGCAGCUAUCCACCAGGGAAUAACAGUGACGCCUGGUGGACACAGCUGCAAUCGCAGAUCAUUUUCUUUUUUCAAAGAACUGACCAUAGACGGGAAAGGAGCUUGCAACACAAAGUUUCACAAUGAUAAGGAAAAGUGGGGGUGGGGGUGCUAAGAUUGUUACUGAUGGAUGUUUUUUUUUUUUUUUUUAAUUGUUAACGCACUUCACUGCACGUGUAUUGUAUAUAAUCGUAGUCAGGGGCUGCCACCUAACGAUGGCACAUACCGGUCCACUGCAAUAUCAUGUAUUCUGGCCCGGCCCAUGUGAUUCCAUUUGGGUCAGAAACAUACUGACAUGUUUGCUGGCUUUUGGUAAUAACUGAUUCUGUCACUGUUGCCUGUUCAGAUCUGAAACUGGACACUGCAACUCGGCACUCUCUCGCUUCUACCCCCUCAGCCAUCCCUUAGGAGUCUGCGAAUAUGAUCAUGUGUACUGUAGUGAGGAAUACAGUAGUAGUGUCUUGCCAAUGCUGACUGUGCCCUUUCAUUUUAACAAUGGGGUUACAUGUGCUCUUCCUACCUCCUUUUCCCCACUUGAUUUAAAAGAAAUGUAAAGAGUGGUGCCACAGUAGUUAGGAAAAGGAAUUUUAAUGAGGUUUGAGUCGCGCAGGAGUCCCUCAGUAUUAACCCGACUCUGUGCGCUAGCUCAUUUACUACUGCAGUCAGACACAGCUCCACUGUGGCUCUGGUGAAAAAGCUCUGUCCAGAACUAUAGAGCAGAGCCAAGAUGAAUGAUGUUGGACUCUGUUCCCUAAUAUUUUAUUUGCCUUUGUCGGCAAACGUGGUAUCGCUUCAAUUUAAGCCUUAUUAACAAUAUAGUAUGUAUUAAGAUAAUGAAAGAAAACAGAAAACUGCGCCUUUUGAUGAAACCAGUUCAAGAAUGUAUUGUUCAAGAGCAAAUGCCAUGGUAGUUGUUAGACCCCCUGAACGAAGGUCCUGGAUUUGAAGUGACUUGAAGUUGGGCUGGCGUGGAAGGCAGCUGGCAUGAGAAUGAAAUUUUUUCAGGAGCGGGAUUGCAUUGACGAAGGGAACGUGCCACUAAACCUCACAAGUUUAGGAGCGCUGCGUUAGGGUCGGAAAUAUUUUGCAGUAGAACUAACUAAUCACAUUUCUGUGAGCUAAUUCUACCCUGUGUAUUUAAGUUGACAGCACUCGGUGGAGAAUGUUUGUGACGUGGCAGAUUGUAAGUUUUGUAGUGCUGUGCCAGGCUUGCAGUCCAAUGUAACCCUCCAGUAUUAUAACAAUGACACUUUAUUUGAGUGAAAGCUGGAUUUGUUUAAUACCCUUUGAGGUGUUUGUACAUUGCACGGGACUGUUUGCUGUUUUUGACAGUAUUUUUUAUUUAAUUUGUAGGCUGUAUUUUUAUUGUUAACACUCCACUAUAUUAAGAUAGGUUCUGUGAACCAGUGCCGUAUGUGUGAUGACAUUUCUAAAUUAAAAGUUUAUUACAUCUAAACUUCA